AUGCUUACAACGAAAGCUGUCAUACGAAUACACACUCAGCACCGACUUGCCGACGAAAUCCGACCGCAAGACGCCGGCAAAUUGGACCGUAUUGCUACACAUCGCAACGGGAUUUGUGCUGAUCAAUGGCACCGAGUCUGGAGGCGGACUUGGCUAACCCAGGGCGGCGCCAGCGGGACCACGUUUUAUGUCUUGAAUGUCUGCAUCAGCUCCAAGCCGCAUCUUCAUGAUAGUUCACAGAGCCUGACCCCAAUGAUUUGGGUACGGCGUGUUGCUGCUGGCUUUGGUGUCCUCGCAGGGGCAGCGCCCUUCGCUCCUGAGGCAGCGCGGGCCUUGUACAACCCCGGACUAUGGGAAGGGGACAUCAAGGGCGUGGCAGGACAGAAACCCGGGGAGGAGAAAUCGGCUAUCAUAGGAGAAUUCUUGUGGACAGAUGGUGUUAUUCCUUAUAUUCUCGCUGGAGGUUCAGACGCGGAGAUCGUAGCCGCGAUGGACGAAAUCAUGUCUAAGACUUGUAUCAAGUUCAUCCCGCGGUCCGUCGGGGAACACAAUUACAUACGCAUCACGACCAACGGUGACGGCUGCUGGUCCUACGUGGGCAUGAUGGACGGGGGGCAGGAGAUCUCCCUGGCUCGCAACGGCUGCAUCUACCACGGCACCAUCAUCCACGAGCUCAUGCACGCCAUCGGAUUCUUCCACGAGCACAACCGCAUGGACCGAGACGACUACGUUCGGAUCAACUAUCAGAAUAUCGAUCCUUCAAUGGCUUACAACUUCGACAAAGACACCAACUCGCAGUACGUAGGCGAAGGCUACAAGUACGACAGCAUCAUGCACUACGGCAAGUACGCCUUCUCUACCCAGUGGGGCGUGCUGGAGACCAUCGUGCCUCUCCAGGACGGCGUAGACCUCACGGACCCCUACGAGAAGCCCCACAUGCUGCAGUCUGAUGCCAACCAAAUAAAUAACCUUUACGGCUGCUUCAAAUAGAGAAGGAGAUCGGGUUAUAUUUCUCAAAUACAUUUUAGUUUCCACACAUUUGAAUGGAGUGAAAAUGCGACAGUUUUCUAUAUAUUGGAUUUAACAUUGUCUUGAAGAAAAUAAUUUCUGUAAUGUGUUUCGAAUGUUUUCGCCUCCCCGGUUCAUAUAAUAAAUUGUUAUGAUAACGAAAAAAA